CACCCUAUCAGUUCGAUCCAAGACCUCGGCCUCAGCGUCCGAGAGAGAGAGAGAGAGAGGAGGAAGAAGAAGCAAGAAAGUUUAACCAUGUCUGGAAGAGGAAAGGGAGGCAAGGGACUCGGAAAGGGAGGAGCUAAGCGUCAUCGCAAGGUUUUGAGGGAUAACAUUCAAGGUAUCACCAAGCCAGCGAUUCGCCGUCUCGCCCGGCGUGGCGGCGUGAAGCGUAUUAGCGGUCUAAUCUACGAGGAAACCCGUGGGGUGCUCAAGAUCUUCCUUGAGAACGUGAUUCGCGACGCUGUCACCUACACGGAGCACGCUCGCCGCAAGACCGUGACGGCUAUGGAUGUUGUGUACGCCUUGAAGAGGCAGGGCAGGACUCUAUACGGCUUUGGUGGUUAGAGAUUUAGGGAUUUGGGGAAUUUCACGAAUUAGGGUUUUGCAAUUGCUUUCUUGUGCAACUAUUGUUGAUAUGAAAAAGUGAUAAUUCGGCUGGCUGAAAUAUAACAAUCUUCCUUGAUUGUAUGAUUAAAUUUUAAUGCCACACCCUUGCAUUCUUGAA